CAUCUCUCUCUGGAUCUGUGGAACACCUUGCUCAAGGAGAAACAAUUGCUUUUGAGCUCUCUCUUUGUGUGAAUUUCCUUUUUGUCAACUGGAAACCAUGCCUUUGGGAAGAGCACUUGAAUCUGCUUCUGUGAAUGUGCUUCUUAACAAGUUGGCUUCCCAACAAUUCAUCGAUUUCUUCCUUAAAUGGAAACUUGAUAUUGGGUUGUUGAUCAAACUAGAGACAACAGUGCAAGUAAUCUACGCAGUUCUAGAUGAUGCUGAGGAGAAGCAAGCUGAAAAUGAUCCACAUGUCAAGAAUUGGCUCGACAAGGUUAGGGAUGCAGCUUAUGAUGCUGAGGACAUACUGGAAGAGAUCGCUAUUGAUGCACUUGAAUCGCGUAACAAGGUACCAAACUUUAUUUGUGAGUCGUUGAAUUUGAGCCAAGAAGUUAAGGAAGGAAUUGAUUUUAAGAAGAAGGAUAUUGCUGCUGCUCUUAAUCCAUUUGGUGAACGUAUUGAUUCAAAGAUGAGAAAUAUUGUGGAAAGACUUGAAGAUGUUGUGAAGCAAAAAGAUAUUCUUCGAUUGAGAGAGAAUACAAGAGGGAUAGUGUCUGGAAUUGAGAAGAGAUUGACAACUCCCUUGGUGAAUGAAGAACAUGUUUUUGGAUCACGUAUUUAUGGUAGAGAUGGCGAUAAAGAGGAGAUGAUUAAACUGUUGACUUCGGGUGAGGAAAAUAGUGAUGAGGUUUGUGUGAUUCCCAUUGUUGGUAUGGGAGGUCUUGGCAAAACCACGCUUGCUCAGAUUGUCUACAAUGAUGAACGAGUGAAGACACAUUUUCAGUUGAAAGCAUGGGCAUGUGUCUCUGAUGAAUUUGAUGUGAUGAGGAUAACAAAAGCACUGGUGGAGUCUGGCACUAAAAGGACUUGUGGUAUGAACAAUUUGGAAUUGCUUCAAGGUAAAUUAAGAGAUAUGUUGAACAGACGAAAAUUUUUACUUGUUUUGGAUGAUGUGUGGAACGAGGAUUAUGGGGAUUGGGACAAACUGCGGAUUCCUCUGGCAGUUGGAUCACCGGGUAGUAAAAUCAUAGUCACAACUCGGAGUGAAAGAGUUGCCUCGAUCAUGCGCCCCGGAAAAGCUUACCCUCUCAAGGAGUUGUCUAGUGAUGAUUGUUGGUCAUUGUUAGAGCAAAUUGCUUUUCCACAUAGGAACUCAGAUGCAUUUCCUGGGCUGAAGAUCAUUGCAGAGGGAGUGGCGAGGAAGUGUAAAGGCUUGCCUUUAGCAGCAAAGUCACUUGGGGGUCUCUUGCGCUCUAAUCCAGAGGAGAAUUACUGGAAGGAUAUUCUGAACAGCAGGAUCUGGGAUUUGUCAAACAAUGGCAUAAUUCCACCCCUGAGGUUAAGCUACCAUCACCUCCCUCCACAUUUGAAGCAAUGUUUUGUCUACUGUGCAGUGUUUCCCAAGGACUUUGAAUUCGACAUUGAGAUGUUAGUCCUGUUAUGGAUAGCUGAGGGUUUUGUGCAGCAGCCAGAGGGGGGAAAAGAAAUGGAAGCUACUGCACGCAGCUACUUCUUUGAUCUACUAUCAAGGUCAUUCUUUCAACAAUCUAGUGUGGACAAAUCACAGUAUCUAAUGCAUGACCUUAUCCAUGAUCUAGCUCAGUUUAUUUUGGAAAAGUAUUUCUCAGGUUGGAGGACAAGGCAGAGGUUGUAA